AUGAUAGCUGCAGGAAAAUUGUCAAGUCUUCCCAGAAAUGGUCCAGUGAACCACCAGUUCUCAUUAGCUUCCUCCAUGGACCUUUUGAGCACUAAACCUUUGCCAGCCGAGCAUCGCUCAGGCUCCUUUCAGGACAUCUCUAUCCAUGGCACUCUUCCCAGGAAGAAGAAGGGGACAAUUCCCACUAGGUCUUGUGAUAUGUUUAGCCACAUGGGAACACUGCCACACACCAGAGCUCACAGGCAGCAGCCACCUUUUGUGCAGGAUGUUAUAGAAGAGCACCCACUGCAAAAUGGGAAGAGCAACAAACUCCAUGCCAGAGAUCAGAACAUUCUGGAUCCUACUUUGGAAUAUGUUAAGUUUUCUAGGGAGAGGCAGGUUAUGGACAACAGCCCAGAAAAGCUGAAGAAGGAGUUAGAGGAAGAACUGCAGCUGAGUAGCGAAGACUUGCGUAGCCAUGCUUGGUACCACGGACGUAUUCCUUGGCAGGUGGCAGAAGGCCUGGUUCAGAGAGAUGGAGACUUUCUGAUCAGGGAUUCUCUCUCCAGCCCUGGAAAUUUUGUUCUCACCUGUCAGUGGAAAAAUACCUCACAGCAUUUUAAAAUCAACAGAACAGUUCUAAGACUCAAUGAAGCCUACUGCCGUGUUCAGUAUCAGCUUGAACUGGAAAGCUUCGACAGCAUCCCUGGCUUAGUUAGAUACUACGUUGGAAAUCGCACACCAGUAUCAAAGCAGAGUGGAGCAAUUAUUUUUCAGCCUAUCAACAGGACUGUGCCUCUCAGGUGUCUAGAGGAAAAGUAUGGUGUAACUCCAGUCAGACAAAAAGAAGCAAGCAUCCCUGAAGGAAAACCAGAAACUGCAAAAAGGCUGAGUCUUGGUAUAUCCAGCAUGCAGUCCCCGGAGCAGAGCAUACUCAGGGGCAAUCUUUUGAGAAACAAAGAGAAAAGUGGUAGCCAGCCAGCCUGUUUGGAUCAUGUUCUGGAGAAAAGAUUCCCUCUGAAGGCUCACCAGUCAGAGAGCUAUCUGCUAAUAGGUUCAAGACAUCCAUCUCGGUUACCUGAAGCAGAUGCAGACCCCUAUCCAAGCUCUCCUGCGUUUAGAACAGGCAGUGAACCUUCUCUAAGCCCCACAGUUGUGCAGAAAGUCACCUCUGAGUUACAAGUAGGAGAAGCUCUUAGAGGAUCAGACAGUCAGCUGUGCCCCAAGCCUCCACCUAAACCCAACAAAGCACCCCUCAUAAAGCCCCCAGAUUCUCCCUUAGCUUCCCACAGUUCAGAAGGACACUACUGUGAACUGAGCCCUGCCAGAGAUCCUGCAGCAACAAAGCAGCAGUUAUAUCAGAAAACCAGCUAUGUGGAACAUCUGGCACAAAAGGAGAGGGGAACACACUCAUUCAGGAACUCUGAAACUAACUAUUUGAUCCUAGAAGAUGACCCUACGAUGAACUCUGCAGAUCCUUUAGAAGCUUCAACUCGUAUGGCAGAAGAUGACAGCAUCUUUUCUGCACCUGUGUUUGAGACAGUGUCUAGUUUUAAACCGAAUGAUUUUGAAUCCAGACUACUUCCUCCUGAAAACAAGCCAUUGGAAACAUCAAUGUUAAGAAGAAUUAAGGAGCUUUUCACCAACAACAAUCCAAAGGUUAUUGCACAACAUAUUCUUAGAAUGGACUGCAAGGUGGCAAGGAUAGUGGAAGUAUCUGAAGAGAUGAGGAGGCUUAUGGGAGUGAACUCUGGGCUGGAACUGAUCACCUUGCCUUACGGACAUCAACUGCGCCUUGACCUCAUUGAAAGGCACAAUACCAUGGCAAUAGGAAUAGCUGUGGAUAUCCUGGGUUGCACAGGAACAGUAGAGGAUAGAGCGGCAACAUUAAACAGGAUUAUCCAAGUCGCAGUGGAGCUGAAGGACUCACUGGGGGAUUUGUAUGGAUUUUCUGCCAUUAUGAAAGCUCUGGAAAUGCCGCAGGUCACUAGGUUAGAACAAACCUGGACCUCUCUGAGACAUCGUUAUACCCAGACUGCCAUUAUGUAUGAAAAACAGCUGAAGCCAUUUAGCAAAGCUUUGCAUGAAGGACAAGAUGAGUGGAACAAGACCACCAGCACUCCACAGAACAAUGUGACCGUGCCACUGCUGAUGCCUCUCAUUACCUUGAUGGAAAGACAGGCUGUCAUUUUCGAAGGGAUGGACCUGUGGGAAAGCAGUGACCAAAGCUGUGAGAUAAUGCUCAAGCACUUGGCCACGGCUCGUCAGAUAGCACAGAACGCAGAAAUGUACAGCCUGACUGCACAGCGGAUGCUGGAAGGUUUUCAGCCAGAUGAAGAAAUGAGUGAAAUCUUCAAGACAGAAUUUCAAAUGAGAUUGCUCUGGGGCAGCAAAGGAGCACAAGUUAAUCAGAAUGAAAGAUAUGAGAAAUUCAGCCAGAUUUUAACUGCACUUUCCCGAAAAUUGGAACCUCCCCCAGUGAAGCAGGUGGAACAAUUAAGUAUAUAAGACUCUGUAAACACUAUUUAAAUGAUAUACUUGAAAUAUACUUGGUUUUCUUUUAGCAAUUUGAUACAGCACAAACUUCUUGCAUUUCACAAGAUGUUUAGACCUUUUAACUGCAACUUGUUUUAAAACUACUGAUUUCUAAACAGAUUAUUUAUUUACUGUGUCAUCAAGUCAGUGAGUGAUCCCU